AUGGCAACAACUCGGGAACAGCAGCAGCAGCAGCAGCAGCAGACGAUGGACGAGGCAAGAUCGCCCGCCGCUACCGCCGACGUAGCAGAGGCCUAUGAGUCUACUCACGUGCACGCUGUGUACGAGGCCAUCGCACCGCACUUUUCAUCAACGAGACACUCACCAUGGCCCCGCGUGGCCGCGUACCUGGAGGCACAACGCCCUGGCGCCGUUGGGCUCGAUGUAGGCUGCGGUAACGGCAAGUAUCUCGACGUCAAUCCCUCGCUGCAUAUGCUGGGGUCUGACCGCAGCGGCGAGCUCGUCCGACUCGCGCGCAGUCGGGGUAGCGGCAACAACAACUCAGCGGCCGCAUCUAUUACUCGUCUCAAACCCACCUCAUCUCGUACAGAGCAAAGGGACAAUGCCUCCGAGGACAACGCAAAGGGAAGUGAUCUCGGUUGCAUUUCUGGGGGUACCGAAGUGGCCGUCGCCGACGGCCUCGCUUUGCCCUACCGGCUUGGCGCCUUUGACUUUGUCAUUUGCAUUGCCGUGGUGCACCACCUAUCUACCAGGGCGCGGCGCGUAGAAGCCAUCGGCGAGCUUCUAUCCAGGCUUCGGCCGUCGUCAUCGUCGCCCCCCGCAACUGCUUCAGCUUCUGUGCCACCAACACCCACACCAGGUAGUGGUGACGACGACAAGGACCCUGCCGCCGCCACCACCACCACCACAGACAUGGCCACCACCAGGGCCACCUGUUUGGUGUUCGUAUGGGCUCUCGAGCAGGCGAGCAGCCGUCGGGGCUGGAACGAGAGCAGCGAGCAGGACACCCUAGUCCCAUGGGUUAUGCGGGCCAAGGGCCGGCCUAACGAGACGUUUCAACGGUACUAUCACCUAUACAAGAAGGGCGAGCUCGAGGAGGACAUUGUCGCCGCAGGCGGUGUGGUCGAGGAGAGUGGCUACGAGCGCGAUAACUGGUGGGCAGUCUUUAGCCGGCCCCAGUCGUAG